GAAAUUUAACAGGUCUUUGGGGCGCGAAGGUGUCGCAGAACAGAAGUUUCGUCCACUAUUUGGGAAGAAAAAUGAUUUUCGAGAGCAAACCCAGCAAUGACGAGGGCUUGGACCAGUAUCUUCUCCAUUACGUCUUGUGGAACGAAGCCAAAGAACACUUCAUGGUGCACGCCAGCUUCACCUGCGACGAGUUCGUCGGCGGGGUGACGAGACCCUAUCCGACCCGUCGGGAAGGAGGCUUCUGGCUCGGCUCUGGCACCAAACACGCUCCGCUAGUGAAGGAGUGCCCGCUGAAAUGCAGGCCGAAGGAGCACCCCGACUGGGUCAAUUGCUGAGGUGGAAGCGAGGCCGCCGCGCUGAAAUGAGCUGUCAAUCAUUCCCUCUAGGCUAAAUGAACCCAUAAUUCAUGAAAUGCCAG